UGCGCAGCUGCCCACCAACAUGGUCUGAUGGCUGGAGAGUGGAUACAACAGUAGCCCCGGCAAAACACUAAAGUCGAGGACUGGGAUUACUUUUCUUAUCGUCCAUAAGUUCAAAGCCUGUUCGCUUUCAUUCCCGGGGGAUACCCAUAGUUUCUUGGAAGCUGCCAGUUGAGGUCAGCGCAGCAUUGCCAUCAGACACACGGAAACACGACCACAGAGCUCAUCUGAAGAAUUUAAAAUUUGACAUGUUUCUGUGAGGAUUUUGAGUCUGAAUGCACGAGUAGAUGCAGGCAUGGUCCAUUGUCAUCCUACAGAGUGAGAGUGUCCUCGCCAGGCCCACCAGGAGAAGAUAAUGGCCCUGAGCGAUGCAGUUGAAUACCCAACGGCCUUCAGCAACGGAGAGCACCAUCCCCUCAGUGCCACCGGAAACGAUCCGUCAAGUAGCAGCACACUGAAUAAAAACUGUCAAGACUCUCUCACAGCUGCCUCUAGUGAUGAACAUCUUACAGCUGAUGGAGAUCAAAGUGUUAUAGGGGAGAAAAUUGGAGGAUCUCAUUAUCAACAGAAGAAGCAAAAAACUCAUGUUAUCCAAAGAUUAAACAGACCGACCCAAAAUGGCGGUGUGGUCAAACAGAACGGAUCUUUGACAUACCUUCCCCCGUCCUCUGCCGUUGCUACCACCCCCACAGUCACAGACUCUCAGAGGCUGGCCAGACGCCACCUACCCUCCAGCCUCUCUGCGUGCGCUCCCUCCACUCAUCUCCAUACCCCGCCAUUCUGCUGCCAGCAGUGUCACUUCCAGUCCCCCUUGUGCAGCAACUGUGGACAGCAGGAGUGUCUGCGCCUACAGAAUCCAGGAGCAGGUCCAGGUGCUAGCUCCAUUCCCAACCAUGGGACCACUUCGCCUUGCCUGUGCUGCCACUCUGCCUGCACAUACUCUCACCCCCAUCCCCAUCCGUCCUCACCUUUCUGUCUCCAUCAACAACAUCACCAGCGUUGGCAGGAGCAUGUCCAGAACCAGGCACCUGGAAGAAGCCCCGCAAGGCCCUUUCGGUUCCCCAAAAGCUAUGCCGAGCUGAUCGCUGAUUGGCCUGUGGUGGUGCUCGGGGUAUGCACAGUGCUCACUGUGGUGUGUGCUCUAGUUGGCAUCCUGGUGCCCGACCUGCCGGACUUCUCUGACCCACUGCGAGGUUUUGAGCCACGAGGAACAGCUAUCGGCCAGAGACUGGUCACAUGGAGCAACAUGGUGAAGAACACGGGCUACAAAGCAACACUUGCCAACUACCCCUUCAAAUACGCUGAUGAACAGGCCAAAAACCACCAAGAGCCCAGGUGGCCUGAGGAGCACUUUGACAGAGACAAACGGCAAGCAGAAUGGGACUUUAGUAAAGAUUUCUUCUGUGAUGUUCCAGGCGACAGUUACUCAAGGCUUGUGUUCGCAUCAGCUGAAGGGAAGAACUUGUGGAAUAUUCAGGCCAUCAAAUCCAUGUGCAAUCUGGACAACUCAAGGGUGCGCUCCCAUCGUGACUACUGGAGCCUUUGUCAGCGCACCAAUGACGCCUCCUGUUGCCCCAGCUGGACACUUGGUAACUACAUUGCAGUUCUCACCAACAGAUCAUCCUGUCAGAAGAUAACGGAGCGUGAUGUAGCACACACGCUCAAGACCCUGCGUUCAUGUGCCAAGUACUACCACAAUGGCACUCUUGGACCUGACUGCUGGGACAUGACCUUGCGGCGGAAAGACCAGCUGAAGUGUGCAAGUGUACCCAGGAAGUGCACGAAGUACAACGCAGUCUACCAGAUCCUUCACUUCCUGGUAGACAAAGAUUUCCUUAGUCCCAAGAGCCUGGAGUAUCCUCCACCUUUGCUCAAAUAUAGCAUGCUCUUCUCCCCAACUGAGAAAGGACAGUCUAUGAUGAACAUUUACUUAGACAAUUUUGAGAACUGGAACUCCUCGGAUGGGAUCACAACUGUCACAGGAAUCGAGUUUGGUAUCAAACAUGACCUCUUUCAGGACUAUCUCCUCACAGACACAGUGUACCCUGCCAUAGCCAUAGUGAUCGUCCUGUUCGUCAUGUGCGUGUACACUCGUUCAGUGUUUAUCACUCUAAUGACAAUAAUAGCCAUCAUCAGCUCACUGAUCGUGUCAUACUUUCUCUACCGAAUGGUCUUCAACUUUGAGUUCUUCCCCUUCAUGAACCUCACCGCCCUCAUCAUACUCGUUGGCAUUGGGGCAGAUGAUGCCUUUGUGCUUUGUGAUGUGUGGAACUACACCAAAUUUGAUAAGCCUCACGCUGAGCUGGCAGAGAUAGUCAGCGUUACCCUACAACAUGCAGCCCUGUCUAUGUUUGUGACCAGCUUCACCACCGCCGCAGCUUUUUAUGCCAAUUAUGUCAGCAACAUCACUGCUAUACGUUGUUUUGGUGUCUACGCAGGUACUGCUAUUUUGGUGAACUAUAUUCUCAUGGUGACAUGGCUUCCAGCUGUGGUUGUGCUACAUGAACGCUACCUACCGAAUAUGUUCCCCUGCUCCAAGCCUCAGCAUCAGGAAAGGAUUUACGGCACCAGGAUGUUCUGGACAGGUCUUUGUCAGAAGGCCAAUAAAUGCUUGUUUACUGUCUCUGAGGCGUCCAGAAUUUUCUUCGAAAAGGUGCUGCCCUGCAUUGUCAUCAAAUUGCGCUACAUCUGGCUCUUCUGGUUCCUUGCCAUCACUGUGGGCGGGGCCUAUGUGGUCUGUGUCAACCCAAAGAUGAAGCUCCCUUCCCUGGAGCUAGCAGAGUUUCAGGUGUUUCGUGCCUCGCAUCCAUUUGAGCGCUAUGAUGCAGAGUACAAGAAACUGUUCAUGUUUGAGAGGGUUCAUCAUGGCGAGGACCUCCACAUGCCUAUUACUAUUAUAUGGGGUGUGACGCCGGUGGAUAACGGGGACCCCCUGAACCCCAAAAACAAGGGAAAAUUGAUGCUGGACAACAGCUUCAACAUUGCCAGUCCAGCAUCUCAGCUGUGGAUCCUCAACUUCUGCCAGAAGCUGAGAAAUCAAAGCUUUGUCUUUCAGUCUGAGGAGCAGGACUUCACCAGCUGCUUUAUCGAGACCUUCAAGCAGUGGAUGGAGAACCAGGACUGUGAGGAGGCUUCUGUGUACCCCUGCUGCAGUCAAUCCACUUUCCCCUACAAGCAGGAGGUCUUUGAGUUGUGCAUAAAAAGGGCCAUUAUGGAGUUGGAUCGGAGUACUAACUACCAUCUGGACAGUAAGACCCCUGGACCUCGAUUCGAUAUCAAUGACACUAUUAGAGCCAUAGUGUUAGAGUUCAAGAGUACCUACCUCUUCACCCUGGCGUAUGAGAAGAUGUUCCAGUUCUACUGUGAGGUGGAUGCCUGGAUCACUGAAGAGUUGCGGAACGCCCCAGCAGGCCUCAGACACGGCUGGUUCAUUAGCAACCUUGAGUUCUAUGACCUUCAGGACAGCCUGUCAGAUGGCACUCUGGUUGCCAUGGCACUGUCAGUAGCUGUUGCAUUCAGCGUCAUGCUCCUUACCACCUGGAAUGUCAUUAUCAGUCUCUACGCAAUCCUCUCGAUUGGCGGGACCAUUUUCGUUACAGUUGGCUCUCUGGUGCUUCUGGGCUGGGAGCUCAAUGUCUUGGAGUCUGUUACCAUAUCCGUUGCUGUAGGACUAUCGGUGGACUUCGCCGUACACUAUGGCGUUGCCUACCGUCUUGCCCCGGAGCCUGACCGCGAGGGAAAGGUGAUUUUCUCCCUCAGCCGCAUGGGCUCCGCUAUUGCUAUGGCGGCGCUGACCACCUUUGUUGCUGGCGCAAUGAUGAUGCCCUCGACCGUAUUGGCCUACACCCAGCUCGGCACCUUCAUGAUGCUGAUCAUGUGCAUUAGCUGGGCAUUUGCCACAUUCUUCUUUCAGUGCAUGUGUCGGUGCCUGGGACCCCAGGGGACCUGUGGCCAGAUCCCCCUGCCCAAAAAGCUACAGUGUCAAAUGUUCUCUGAGGUCACAUCAACAAGCCCAUCGCCCCAAGGGAAAGGCUCUGGGCUGGGGAAGUACCAGCUGGACAGCAGAGGUGAGGAAGUUGAGAACUAUGAGUUAGAGCCGUUGGCUUCCUGUCAGAAGACUGAGGAUAAACCCCUAGAGGAGCAGGAGGUGUGUGCUCAACUUUACAAUGGACUCUCUCCUCACCACCACACCGCCGCUUAUUCACACAUAAAUUACAAAAACAAAACUGAGACUGGCAGAAGUGGCCCUGAAAAUGGGCUUGUAGCCACACUAAGCACACCUACUGGGUGCCAGAUCUCUCAAAAACCUAACUACACAUGUGGGGACCCUCCUCCUCCUGCUCACCUUCCCCAGCAGUGGACAACUUGCUCUUGUGCUCAGACUGUCAAGGACUCUCCUUCCUGUCCUCCCACUCCUCAGAUCUUCCCCCUCUCAGGAAACAGCACUAGCAAGCAAAAUGCAGCCCUAUUAUCAAACCUCAACCCAGUCUUUUCACACGUGGAGUGUCAUAUGCACUAUGUCAAUUGUCCACCUGCCCAUUUUCACCACUGCUCCCAAGGAAGAGUGGUGGCCCCAAGGAAAGGAACUGCCCACAGCUGCCACCUCAGGAAGUACUGUGUCCACAAUGCAAACCAGCAGGGUAGCUUAGCCAGAGAACAGCUCUCCACCACCACAGCUUCAAACCAGGACACAGACUCAGCUCCUGGCUCUGUCACUGGCUCAGAGCUUGUGGUACAAGAGGCGGAUCAUAGACAAGAAUUGAUAACCUCAAGUUCAGUUAAUGGUCAAAAUAUAAGCACCCCGGCACCAACACAACAUCAGACUCAAGGCCCCUCUCCACCACCAUGCACAGAGCAAACAAACGACCAUUGUUGUGGUGAUAGCUGUGUGUCCACAUCCACAACGACCAACAAUACAACAAUAUCAUCAGAUGCUUGUUGUAAAAGUCCUGGCACCCAGGAGAAGCUCGAAAGUGUUCCUAUGACACGAGACAAAAGUGCCAAAAAGUGCAAACAGAACACUGAAAGACAGCGGGCAUCCUCAGUUUCUCCAAAGAAACUGUGCGGUUUUAGCAGGACGUUGAAGGUCAAGUGCAGUUCAGCUUCAGAGUUUAAUGUGCCAAAAACUGAAACAAGUGUGCCUUCUACUGCAAUAAAGACAAAUCCCUCUUCUGAAAGCUUGUGCUGAUAAAAAAAAAAAAAAGUUUUAAUGAAAACUUAAUCCACAAUCAGAGGAAAAUACACAAACACUGUCUCUGUGCAGUCAAUCAAGGAUGCGUUUGUUAACCAAGUGCCUCAGCGUGUUUCAUAAACAGACAGACCCACUUAAAAUAUUCUGUUUACACCUUUCUUUUGGUUCUGCCAAGAUCUUCAUGUGAAAGACAAAGUGUCAAAUAUUAUGAUGCAAUGCGCACUACUGUUAAAGCUGCAUCAAUAUGGGAAUUAAUCGUCUUGUUACAAAGACACCUUCAUGAAGAGUUGCUCAUUUAAGUGUUUAGCAUAUCCAUACAGCAGCCAUUUGCACCUUUAUGAAAUCAUGCAGUAUAUUGAACAAUAUAUGUUUUCAUAUAUGAUUUCAUGAACUGUCUUAAAAUGUGUCACAUUAAACAAGUUGAUAAGUUGAUGUUGACACUUUUGUGUUUCGGGGACUGAGUGUACGUGUCCUCUAGCAUUCCAGCUGCAACAUGCUUCAGAUGUACUUUAUAAUUAAAUGUCUUUUUAUAGCCA